AUGGCCUCAUUAGUGGUUUCAUUAAUGUGGUUUCAUCCGGGAAAUUUAAAUGAUACUAACGAAUCUAAAGCAGCGAUGCAAGCAAUAGAUUUCUGGAACAGCUGGUUUUUAAACCCGAUAUUUUCUAAAGAAGGUGACUAUUUCAACAUAAUAGAAGACAGAAUUUCAAUGCAUUUACCAAAGGCCUGA